AUGGGAAACUAAAAUGCAAAUGGAUUUGAUCAUUCAAAACAAAAUGGUUUGUACAUUCGUACUGAUAAGCCAUUUUAUUUUGCAGGUGAAGAAGUACAAGGUAAAAUUAAAGCAUAAAUUUAGGCAAUAUUUACUUGAAUGUGGGAGGUGGAGCAUUUCCAAGCUCGACUAUUUAUUUGAAAGUGAAAGGGUCUGAAAAAGCGAAAUGGACAGAAACCAGAACUGUUUACGAGGAUAUCCCAGGAACUAACCCUCCAUAAAGACAAUCAAAAUAAGUUACAGAGCAUUACGAUAAUGAUAAUGAAUUUUAUCAGCAUAAAAUUCCAGUAUACAUAUUUUAACAAGGGUAUAUAUUGAAAUCAUAAACAGAAUGAUACCAUAAGGACAAUACACAUUUCCUUUUAAUUUCAAAUUAAAGGAAAGUUUACCAGGUUCUUUUGAAUAUUAGGAGAAAGACUUAGAAUGCAAAAUAAAAUACAGUGUUAAGGCUGAAAUAGAUUCACCAGAUAAGAGCUUAGACAAGAUUAAAUAUAAAUAGGAAUUUCUAGUCAGAGAGCCCAUUAAGGAGUAAGUCAACCAAAAUGAGGGAUCAUAGGUCUUACAACCAACAUCAUGUUGUUGCAUUCCUAUGGGAGUAUGUUAAAAUUGAUUAUUCACCUAGACAAUUUCAUUCAAAUUUCAGUUUGAUAAAUCAGCAUAUCAACCAGGAGAGGUUGCCAAGUUGCAAAUAGAAAUUGAUAAUACUCAAUCAAAAGUGGGCAUUCCAAUUAUUAAAGCCAGUGUGACAAGCAGAUUGAGAAUUAUUAGCAAAUAAGGCCACACUAGAAUGAUUUAUAGGGUUUGUGCGAGUUCUACAACUCCAGGAAUCGAAUCUGGUUAAUCUGCAUUAAAUGAACAUAAAAAGAAUAUGAACUUGUCUUUAGUUGACGCUGGAAGACACAAACCCUUGGAUCCUACAACUAAUGGAAAGAUUGUGCAGAACAAUUACUAACUCUCUGCCACUGGAGAAUUGGAUGGAAUAUGCUUAUGUUGUUCCUAGGAUCCAGGCAUAGAAUUGCCGAUUAGAAUAGUUGCUAAACCAAUUGCAAGCUAUGAAUAACCAGUAGUGGCUCCUUCUGGUUGGAAUCCUCAGGUUAUGAAUGUAAAAUUAUAAAUUUCUAUUUAAUUUAGCCUGUAUCUGUGCAAUUUGAUGAUUCUUAUAAAUAUCAACCUGCCACUGGCGGAGUUUUGGUUCCAGCCUAGAAUCAGAAUCCACAGGGAUAUCAAAAUCCCAAUUAACCAUAUUAUGGAUGA